GUGGGCAGUAUUUUUGUUAGUGAAAUAUGAAGUAACUGGUAAAUUUUGAUAAUAUUGAAAUAUUCAAAGGUGUGUUUGUGUUGGAUAUUUCGAAUUACGAUCGUUGUUCGAUACAAACCCCAAUAAAAAUGGAAAAUGGACCGUUCAAUUCCGACUUUAGGAUGUUUAUGUAACAGCACAAUACAAUAAUUAUUAACACAUCAACAGUAUUCUUCCAUAUUUAAAUGAAAUUAAAAUUACCAGUUACGAUGGCCACGAUGAUGUAUCCCAGUCUCACUAAAUCGCAGAGCAUGCGAACCAAGAGGAAGUCUGCGGUCGAAUUGCUAGCAGAAAGCAAACCCUUCUACGUUAAAUCGGAAACUGUCAGAGACACAAAGCAAGUACUUCCGUUACGAUCCAAUUCCGCAGCCACGGCCUACGGAACGUACAAUCGCAGCAAAUCCGUAAACGUAUCGGCCCAUUACAGACCCACAACUCUAUCGAACUAUAUGGCUGUCUCUCCGUCGAGAUCCCUUCCACCUCUAACCCACCGUCGCACCGUCUACUCCACGACCAGCACGGACCUGCUGCAGAACCGGCUGCGCCAGUUGCUGGUGUGCGACAGCGCGGAGGAACUACGCGUAGACCAAAUGGCCCCGUUGAGCCCACCGGCCGAAUACGCGCAACGAUGCCACAAGAGCCUGCCGGACCUGCACUGCCGAGAGCCGAGCUCGAACAAGAGCAGCAACAAGAGCCUCUCGAACCGGGACAGCGGCGGCUCCAGCGGCCAUUACACGCAACGAAGCGAACCGCCACCAUCUCCUCGACCGGAAGUUCGAAGGGAUUCGGGGUCCAGCACGCAGCACAGCGGCGGCAGUUCGUACUACUGCUGCCAGGAGCCCGAGUGCCGGGCCGCCAGGCAGGCGUACGCGCAGCCGCAGCUCUCGCCGGGGCCCCAGCCGUCGGCCGUGUUCAAACGACAGAAGUGUCUGAGAUACAAGCGGGAUAGGCCCAUUUUGCGGUCCAAAUCGGACAUAAGCGACCGGUACAGGAGGCCCAACGAGCCGCCGCAUCAUCAGGAGUUCUUCGAGUAUUUGGGACUGUCCGGGGAUCGGUUCGAGGAAAUGUUGAAUCGCAGCGAUUCAACGGAUAGCCCGGUGUUUUUCUCGGAAGUAUCAUCGGUGGAUUCGAGCAGACCGAUCGAGAAUGUCGAUUAUUGCCCAUCGGCUUAUAGAUCGGGCGAUCCACCUUCGAUAGUGGAACGAAACGCUCGAAUUAUUAAGUGGCUGUGUAACUGUAGGAAGGUGCAAUGGUCCUGAGAUUUGGACGAAGGCGAUGAUUAUUACGUCUAAAAUCGCCUGUUUUUGUGUGUUAUUUGUUGAUAGAAUCACCUUGGUAAAUAGUAUUUUUUGCGAAGAAUGGGAAGUAUUAUUCAAGUAGAGGGUUUUAAUUAAUUAAGUGCCGAUACUUUAGGAUGUGAAUAUUUGGAUGAUUUUAAGAAGAAAAGUUUAUAUCAAUGUAUGUCCUAAACCUCUUAGUUU